AUGUUUAUCAGAUCCAAAAACUCCAGGAGAGGCAAGACUAGCGACUUGUCCUUGCUGGAACGAAGAGAGGCGCAGGUGGUCCACGUGGAAGCCGAAGCAGGCGACCAUGGCGCUGCGCACGCCGCGCACGGCGGCGAGAUGGAAGCGUUGAUGGCCAUCUUUUGCAGCAAAAUGAUGAUCCUUCUGAUCUUCGUUCCCUUGGGCCUGUUUGCAGCCCCUUUGGAUUUUCUCCGGGGCCUCCUCCCAACCGUUCUCAACUCCUGGCCUCAUACGUGGAUGAGCCAGCCCCAAACCGGCCAUCACGAAGACGUUGAGCUACGUGUGUCCCUGCCUGGUGGUUUGCGUGUGGUGGUUACUGCUCCUGCUUCGGCUUCUGGACUUGCCGCCGAACUCUUGGGUCACAUCUCUUUGUUCCGUGCUGAGCGUUCUUUGUCCCCUACUGAGCGUUCCUUUGAGGUUCUGUCUGCUGCUAGUGGUGUGGGCUCCGCUCCGGUGGCUUCUGGACUUCCCUCUGGGUACACUGCCAGGUCUUUUGAAACUAGGGACUCGAUCCAAGACUCUUUCGCCCCGUGCCCAUCCUAUCUCUUCAAAGACGCUGGUAGCCUGUGUGGUUCGACUUUGCCUGGCACUGAUCGUGUGGAAAGGGCUUGGCGUGCUGGACAGUGGGCCAAAGCUGUCAAAGAUCGCAGAAUUGGCAGCCCAAACCGAACACCAGCCAUUGACCUUCGACCAAGGUACUACGCGGUGCUCUUUGCCGAGGGCCUGGAGAACCCAACGAUCUUCCAAAGUGCGGCCAGUGUGUCCGAGGUUGCGGUUUUGGUGGUUGGUGUCCGUCCCAAUGGAUUUCUGUUGGCGCUUCCGGUGGGGUUUAUUCCAGAAGAGAUUCUGGCAGUUGGCAACAGUCCUUCUCCUCCUGGUCUGGUGGGUCCGUCGGUGGUUCUGGUGGUCCCUGGAAAGAUCUUAGAGGAUGGGGCCCUUUCUCCUAUCGGCAGCGAUGUGCCGGUGCUGGUUGUGGACUUCUCCGAAGGAGCUCUUCGUCACUUGCGUCUUCCAGGAGAGCAGGAGCUGGUAACUUACUCAUACGAUCAGGAUCAUCCCUUUGCUCUGCCAGAUCCAGACAAGCUUCUGGCUGCAAUCCAGGAUUGGGUCAAGGGCGGAGAGGAGUCUUCAAUGCUAGGAUUCUACUCCGCUGCCGAACUGGAUGGAGAGCCGCUGGAGGAGGGAGAUCUAGAGGCUGCCUUCGAGGACCCGGGCAGUCCCACCACUCCCAAAAGAAGAGCCACAGCUCCAGGUGGGCGAGGGAAGCCUAUUUCACAAGGAAGGAGACCAACGGUGUCAUCCCUGGCAGGCUCUAUGGAGCAGCUCCUCUCCGCCAACAUGGGCAUGCAGAAACAACUAGAAGCAUUGACCCUGCGGCAGCAAAAGCUGGAGCAGACAGCAAUUCAGCCAGCACGAGUGCUUCCAGCACAUCAGGCUUCCCUUCACCAGCCUAUCUCAUCGGCAUUGAUGGCAGCUCCAGUACCCAGCAGUGUGGUGGCUCAUCAGAUUGGCACCCCGCCUCGCACGGCUGUUCCUGCGUCCCCGGGUCUCUUAAGAUCAUCUAUGGUGAAGCCUGUCGAGGUUGGAGAAUUGGAGGAGGUUGCAAUGCCCGAUCACCCAUCUUCCUCAAGAGACCCACUGGCACAAGCCGUCCUGGCCCAGUCGAAUGCUUUGACAGCCCUGGUCAGCCAGCUGGCCUCUCAGACCAGCGACCCCAUGUUGGACUUGAGCAUGGGAGCUGCUUCUACCGCGACCAGGGGUGCUCAGGGUCGGGCCAAGCUGCAAAUGGAAUUGGCAGCUCAGAAGGGGACGUUCUUCAACUCAGUCCUCUGCUCGAUGGCAAGGCGCAUGCAGCCAACGAGCCCUGUAGAAGGAACCCCACAAGAAAUGAUGAUGAGGGGAGUCUGCGGCACCAAAUACCUAGAAAGGUUUGGAGGCUUCGGGAAACACAGGGACUUGGGAUGUUUGCAAUAUCAGGUGAUGACCAUCUUGGACUUCUUGCAGAUGGAAAACAUCCAGGGGGCCCGGGACGCGGCAUCUCUGUUGGCGGUGACGCUGGACCAGGCAGCGUUGGACAAUGGAAGGUUCGACCUGGCAUCGCUGCUGUGUCUGCAAGAGGAGCCUCCCUCCACGGUUUUCAGCCACAAGCCUGCGACGAUCCUGUCAAAGGCCAGGGCCUUCAGCCCUCUUGCCGACCAAAAAUGGAUCACCUGUGCAAUAGCUUUUAUAAAAGAAUUGGAUACCAUAUCCGCCAAGCGUCUGGAGAUCACAUCAAAGCCAGCCACAUUCGGAGGCGACAGAAGCUCCGAACCUGCCGCAAAGCCAAAACCUUAUCCAAAGAAGAAAGGUCGAGGUGGGAAAGGCACAGGAGGGGCUGGAGUCAAACCCUCUUGUUGCCGAUAUGAAUUUCCAGACGUGGGCUGCCUGCCUACCUCGGUGGAUUUUGAAAACGAGGUCGUUGGCCGUCUGCAGCUGAGCUUAGGUGCAGAGCUGUUUCAACUUGAGAGGUUCAGCGAAGUCUGUUCUGAUCUGCAUGUGGACUAUUUGGAUUCGAGGUGCGUUGGAUUUCAGAAAGACCCCAACUUGCUCCCCCGGGAGUUGUUCCCUGAGUUGGUCCCCUAUCGUGCCUUGGAUCCUAGUCGGUUGUGUUUGCAGGCACCCGGGCCUGGGACGAGCUUGGACUUAGGUGCUCCUUUUGGAAAGCGUCUGGCCUUGGCCGUCUUGUCACUGCGGGCUAGUCGGCUCCCUGGAAUUUCGCCUCGCCUCUCAUCUCGCCUUGCGGGUUGUUGGGUCUCCGUGUUGCAGUACCGAAAGUGCUGGUCGAGCCUUGUGGAUUCCCUGUUUGGUCUGGUCGCUCUGGGUGAAGAAAGUGGUGAGAAUAACAUCAGGUGCCUGCCCAGAAAAGUUGCCCAAGAACUCUCCACCAUGGCCGCUGCCGCUCCGCUGAUGUUCACAAACAUAGCUGUUGACUACCAUGACAGGAUUUUUGCCACCGAUGCGUCAGUGCAAAAAGGGGCGGUUGUCUCGGCUGCGAUUGAACCUGCACUGACCGAAAAGAUAUGGCUGGGUUCCGACAAGAAAGGAGCCUACACUCACCUGAGCAACGGUUUUCAUGCGCUUCUGAGGCAAAUUGGUGAAGUUGAUGAUGAUUGCGAUGUUCCAGGGCCCACAGGCCUGAACGCAGAGAGGGAUCUGCAGCCGGAGGUUGAGGGUUUCGAGUCCCCUGUUAUCAAUGACUUAGCCUUGUCUUCCCGGUGGUCCGUUGUCAGAGCCUGGUUUUGGAAAAGAAAGGGUCACAUCAAUGUCUUGGAGUUGGGGUCUGCCGUGUCAAACCUUCAGUCUCUGUGCCAGGAGCAUUCCUCCAUUCGGUUCUCUUCCCUGGUUGAUUCUGCUGUCUGUCGUGGAGCCCUGACAAAAGGAAGAUCUGCUUCCCGAGCUCUCCAGCCUGGUCUCAAGCGAGCUGGAGCCCUGUGCAUCGCCGCGGACCUGUAUCCCUGUUGGAACUUCUGCCCGACGCGCCUCAACACUGCCGAUGAUCCUACUCGGUCUGUGAGCUUGCGGACUCCUAUGGAUUUCUCUCUGUGUGGUUUAUUGAGUGAGGCUGGUCAGCGCCUGUUAGUUCCGGGUUUUCUCCGUCGUCAUGCUGCAAAUUGGGUGCGCCUGACUCUGUGCCUUGUCCUUUUGGAUUUAGGAGCUGGUGUUUCCUGUGAUGGACCCCCACCUGAUGCAACAGCCACCCCUGUGGCUCAAAGGAGAACUUCCAGUAUGUCUCCACUUGGACUGCCUGAGUGCCAAUGGAUUUUCGCUCUCCUUCGGUGUCUUGGGGUUUGGAGCCUCUUUUUCCUUGUUGGUUUCCUGGCUUGGGCUUUCGUGUUUUGGGUCUUCUGGUCUCAACGGUCCCUGCCUCGACAAGGUUGGUAUCCCUCCAAGGUCAGGCUCGGUUUGUUCAUUGCCAUGGUCUUCUGCUGCUGUGACGCUGUUUCUGGAAUGCCUUUGGCUGCUCAAUCACCAGCUGAAAGGCUCAGGGCCCAGAUGCGAAGUGAUGCGCUGCUCUUUUCAACAAGAGCAGUGAAACCAAAGACAAGAGAGCAACGUGAGAUCUAUCUGGAGCGCUUCAGGGCAUGGCUUUGGAAGGAAAAGGGGCUCUCUUUCAAGUUCCUGAUUGAACAGAAACCAGCAGACCCUGAACGAAUUGAGUCUUUUGUGUCGACGUUCAUCAGAGGCCUGGAUCCGAAGACUCGCACGCGGAUUGAGUUAUGCUCAGGAGCUUUUGCCACUACGCUGGAACGUGCCAUCAGCUUUUUGGACAGUGGCAUCCCUCCUGAACACUUGGGGCUGAACAGCGCGAUGAUCUUCACCUUCAACUUCAUGGCCAUCGUCCCCUUGGCCAGCAUUUUAGGCGCUGCCACUGAAUCCAUGGCGUCCCACACGGGAGAGAUGAUUGGAGGACUCCUGAAUGCGACCUUGGGCAACGCCGUUGAGAUGAUUAUGUGCAUGCAGGCGGUCAAAGCUGGAUUGGUAGAAGUGGUGCAGGGCAACUUGUUAGGCUCUGUGCUGUCCAACUUGCUGCUGGUCCUGGGGAUGGCCAUUUUCUGUGCUGGCUUGAAAUUUCACAACCGGCAGUUCAACGCCGUAGGUGCUGCUGCGAACAUGUCCUGCCUGGUGGUGGCCUCCAUUAGUAUUUGCCUGCCAACUCUCUUCGGCCAGAUUGCCGACACAGGUGAUGAAGUUCUCAUGAUAUCGCGACUUUGCUCCCUGUUCCUCUCCUUGGUGUACUUUCUCUUUCUCUACUUCCAGCUGGGGACCCACGCCUACCUCUUUGUGGAUGAAGCUGAGGGCGAGGAAGAGGAGGAAGCCCAUCUUUCAGUCAUGGGCUCUGGCAUUUUGCUGAUCCUCUGCACUCUGGUGGUUGCAGGCUGUUCGGAAAACCUGGUGGACUCCAUCGAAGGCGUCUCCACCAAGUUCGGCCUUCCGAAGGCCUUUAUCGGUGUGAUCUUGCUGCCCAUCGUUGGCAACGCUGCAGAGCAUGCCACUGCAGUCACCAGCGCCUAUCGAGGGAAAUUGGACUUGGCCAUUGGCGUCUCCGUGGGUUCCUCCACACAGAUUGCUUUGUUCGUUGUGCCGGUAGCUGUGCUCUCGGGCUGGUACUUUGGCACGCCGAUGUCUUUGAACUUCCGUCUCUUCGACAUGGCCUGCCAGAUGUUGAGUGUCUUCCUGGUAUCUCAAGUCACGCAGCAUGGCAACACCAACUGGCUCCAUGGGGCCAUGUUGGUCACCACCUACGUACUGAUCGCGAUCAUGACCUGGUUCAUUCCCGAACGAACGUGA